CGGUGGAUGUGAAGGCUGUAGGCUUGAUGCAAUGCAGCAAGCAGAAGAACUACAUGAUGUUUGUGUCUUGGUCAGAUCAGAACAACAUUCUCAUCUACCGGACAUUUGAAGACUUUAAGAGAUUCCAUAAAGAGCUGAAGAGAAAAUUCCCCAUCGAGAGCGGCUCACUCAAGAGAUCUGACCGGACAAUACCCAGGUUUAAAGAUGUAAACGUGAAGCAGAGGAAGAGCAGGAAGCUGAACAGGUGCCUGGAGAUACUGAAACUGCUGGAAACUUACUCCCAGGAGCUACUGAAAACGGAUGCUAAAAUCUCCCAGGGUGAAGACGUGAUUCAGUUUUUCAAGGCACAGACCCAAGACCUAGAUCCAUCCUUUCCUGAAAACAGUGUUGUGAUCAUGCCAUCAGAAAUUGGAGGGGAAAAGAAAAACCAGUCACGGCAGCAGGUCUCCUCUAUUACACACCCCCAGGCAUCCCAGAGCUACAGAUGCAUAGAAACCUUUGAAACCAAAGACACAAAGAACAAGACUUUCAAAGUCGCUAAGAAGGAAGUUAUUGAAGUGUUAAUCAAGGACAUGACUGGAUGGUGGCUAGUGGAAAACGCAGACAAGCAGAUAGCCUGGUUCCCAGCCUCAUACCUGGAAGAGAUCGACGUCCACAAAGACAUCCAGAAUGCCCUCAGCUCAAAUGAGGAGGGCAGCCUGUACUUCGUUGUGCGGGCCUACGAGUCUCAGAAGGCAGACGAGCUCUCGCUGAACAACGGCGUCGUCGUGGAGGUGGUCAGGAAAUCCGACAAUGGCUGGUGGCUGAUCCGAUACAACGGCUGUACCGGCUACAUGCCCUCCAUAUGCCUCCAGCCCUACAAGAAUCCUCACCACAAGCUCCAGACCAUCAUAAGCUGCGGGCUCAAUGUCUCCACCCCGAACCUCUGCUCCUCCCUGAUAGCUCCCCAGCCGCAGGGUGAGGCUGCGGGACAGCGCAGGGUGCAGGCUUGCUCUUCCCUUGACCGGACCGAAGCGGACGUGAGCUCUCUGAGAAGCAGAUCAAGGUGUCUGCCCAGGGCCAGCUCCACCCCGGACCUGGAGCUGGACAGCUCAUCCCUCAGCUCGGGGAGCAGCAGCGAGCGGGACGGCCGGCUGAGCUGGAAGCCUGACUUGUCAAGAUCUCUGCCCGAAGUCGAGCAGGCCAGGAGCUCUCCCCUGGGCAGCGCCUUGGCCACGCACAGCAGCAAGUCUCCACACCUCACCCACGAGGACAGGAAAGAUUCUGGCUUUGUGGAGUCCUCUGCAGCUGAUCUAAGCCACUCCCUCACUGACCCAGACUUGGCCACCUGCGUCCCCAAGGUGCCU